AGGGCUCCCCCGCCAUUUUGUUCUGCGGCGGCUGGGUAUUUAGAGCCAGCGGCGGGCGCAGCGGAGGAUCGUCCGCGCAGGACCACCGUCGUGUCGACACCACCCCCGCCGCCGCCCCGCCAUCUUGCCUCGUUCCCGGGCGGCGCAGCGAGGGCGGAGGAGAAGCCGAAGUAGAAGGCGAAGCCGCCCCCGGCCCCCCACCUCCCUCAGCUGCCCGACCUCCGCAGCAGCAGCCGCCGCCGCCGCCGCCGUCUCCCUCCUCUUCCUCGCCCCUCACCCGGUUCCGCCAUGAGUACUGCUCCGGCCGGUCCCGAGUACUCCUCCUUCUUCGCCGUCAUGGGCGCCUCGGCCGCCAUGAUCUUCAGCGCCUUGGGCGCCGCUUACGGCACAGCGAAGAGCGGCACAGGUAUUGCUGCCAUGUCGGUCAUGAGGCCAGAACUGAUCAUGAAGUCCAUCAUCCCAGUGGUCAUGGCGGGGAUCAUAGCAAUCUAUGGCUUGGUCGUGGCAGUCCUGAUUGCCAGCAAUCUCGUGCAUGACAUCUCGCUAUUCAAGAGCUUCCUUCAGCUGGGCGCUGGACUGAGCGUCGGCCUCAGCGGUUUGGCCGCCGGCUUCGCCAUUGGCAUUGUGGGUGACGCAGGUGUCCGGGGGACGGCACAGCAGCCGAGGUUAUUUGUGGGCAUGAUCCUGAUCUUGAUCUUCGCCGAAGUCUUGGGGCUGUACGGCCUCAUCGUUGGCCUUAUCCUUUCCACAAAAGGGUAAUCGGCGCAGAGUGUUGGUGGAAAACAAAAACAAACUAAGUUCCAGAAUUUGGAGGGGGGGGGAAAGGUCUCUCCAGAAAGGUGUACAGUUGUCAUCAGUUUGGUAGUUGAUCUCUUGUAAAUGCGCAAUGUAUGUGACUUGUCUGUCCUCUGUGUACUUCAACAUGAAAAGCAGGAGGGCCUGCCACAAGCCUUUCCCACAAGGCCUGGGGGAAGCGCCUUUGCCCUUUUCCAUCCAUCUUUGCCAUUAGAGCCCUUUAUGUAUAAAUAUAAACUAGAAAACGGUAACUUUUCCCUCUCUCCAUUGGAUGUUUUAUUUAUAAGACUUGACAUGUUCACACAUAAUGGAACAAGAGUUUUCAAUUUUCCAUGCUCUUCUCUCUCUACACCCACCCACCCACACACACACACACAUAUAUAUAUAUAUGUAUAUUAAUCUCAUGCAUAGAUAGAUUACUACACUGUGGGGUUAACUGUAAGUGCAGAGAAAUCUUUGGAUGUAAUUUGAUUCUCAAUGAUUGCUGUCGUGUCCUGGUAUCGGAGUGUGAGGCCGUUUGUGUUUAUACAGAUAACAGCAAAAAAAAACGUCUGAGACACUCCUGUGUGUUCCCAAGUAGUGAAAACUGUAUGCUCUGGCAUCAAAACGUUGUGCAGCCAAUGUUGGAUUUUGCAGUAAUACAUUUCCAGGUAAUAAAAAAAUUCCUCCAUUAUA